UUGUUUUAAGUUGAUUCACUGUAAUUCUUUAUUUCUUAUUGGUUAUUAACAUUGUAAAAUCUUCCAUAAUGUUUUCAAAUAUAAGUUUAUUAAUAUUGGUUUUGUACCUCAGGUGUAGUCAUGGCGACAAAGAAUGCACCAUGUCAGAAGUACUUUUGAAGUGGUUCGAAAAAGGUAACUAUGGAUUUUACCCAGGGCAACGACUUGAUGUAACCACAGCUAAUGCUACAGGACCAACGACGUCCUACGUAGUGACGGAACUAGCUUACUAUGGUAAAUGUUUAGGAUUCACAACUGAGACUUUUGACACUAUAGUAGUUGAUUGCCCAGGAGCAGAGAAGAUUGGUUGUUUCCAAGUUCUAACGCCUCAGUUUAACACUCAGAAUAAUACCAUCUCCUUCACUGAAAAUAUAAACAAGAUAUGUGCAAAGAAAGUGAAUGAAUUCUGCAUAGGAAUCGAAAUUGAGGAUAAAAUAAUAAAUCUGAAUUGUCAUUAUCAAUUCAUGGCCGGUGUGCCCAAAAGUGUUGCACCGUACAGCUUCGCAGGGGCAAUUCCAAUAAAUGCAAGACCAGCAAGGGCCUGAAAGUAUAAAGAAAAGGAAAAAAAAGAUUAAUAAAGUUAAUUUUAAAUUCUUUUUAUAAUAUUUCUUUCAAAAUACAACUUCGAGUACUUUUGAUA